CAACAACGACAGCAGAGAAAGCAAAUAUCUUGGUGAAUUAAAAGUAAACUAAUUACAGAAGUAAACAAUAUUCAAGCCAGUAAUAUCAUCGAACGAAUCGUCACACAAAAUAUAAAAUGGCUUCUGUUUCUAAGAUUAUCUAUUUCAUUUCUAUACUUACUGCAAUCGCAUGUAUUAUUGUAUCGAUUGCCACUAAUCCAACAUGGAAUGAUAAUACAAAUAAUUCCUCGUUGAGAGCAAAUGGAGGACUUAGUAUAGCCGGACUGGUUUUGUUAGUAAUAGCAGCUAUCCUUGCAAUUGUUUUGAUUUGCAGAGAUUAUUCCAGAAGAAUAGUGAUCGCAAUACUUGUUUUACUAAUUAUAGCCUUGAUAUGUUUCAUAGUCGCUUUGGCUAUUUAUGGUCAACAGAUUAAUUGGCAAGCAUGGUUAUUAUCAGCUAUGUGGGUAACGUUUAUUUGUAUUCUCAUCGCAAUAAUAUUCUUAUUGGUUGAUGAUUAUUAGAUUGCAAGUAUUGUUAACAGUCUCCAUGGUUUACUUACAUAAAAC